AUGGAGGAUAAACCUGAAUUAAAUCUGAGUUCUGUUGAAGAAACAUUUAAUAGAAAAGUAGAAGAUCCUUUUGAACACAAACCUCGGGAAUACAAAAGACCAAAACCUUAUGCAAGCACCAGCCAAGCUUUUGAUCCCUUUAAAAAGGUAGAUUUGUUUGAGGAAACGCAACCAAAAUAUGAAAGCAGUUCAGAGAAUGAACGUGAAGAUAAAACAACCAUGACUAUACAGAAACAAAGGGAACACAAAUCAACAAACUCGCCCAUACAAGAACAAGAAGAACCAAAACAUCCUCCGAAGAUGCCAGAGAAGCAACAGACACCCCUAGAAAUGCAAGAACAAUAUGAAAAGCCAAAUGACAUAGAAAAUGAUGAAGAUGAUGAAGAUGAUGACAUGGAAUUUCUGAAAAACUACAAACUAUCAUCCAUGUUGCCAAUUAUUCAACCAAAAUGGAUACAACAUCCCUAA